UUAGUCAUUGCUACUUCUAGUGGUCCAAAAGCUGACGCCAUUGACAUUGUACCGCUUCUUUCUCUGUAGUAAAGCACGAAGAUCCAGCUUUCAAUCCAGAAAAAUUAAAUUUUGGAUUCAAUCUCAUCCAAAUGGUUAUGUUUUGAGGAAACCUGGAGAUGGGAACAAAGAAUAUUUUGUGGAAUUGUUCGAAGAAGGCUUUCACAUUUGGGCUAAUAGGGGUCACCGUUUCAGAUAGAUAUGGAAGUGUUGCUGCAGUUAGAGGUGCCUCUAUGUCUCCCACGUUCAAUCCCAGUACCAGUUCUUUGAUGGAUGACUAUGUUUUUGUGGAUAAAUAUUGUCUUAGGGACUACAGGCUUUCGCAUGGUGAUGUUGUUGUUUUCAGCUCCCUAACAAAUUACAAGGAGAGGCACAUAAAGAGAAUUAUUGGUUUACCUGGCGAUUGGAUUGGGAUUCGUCAUUGCUCGGAUGUGCUGAGAAUUCCAGAAGGACAUUGUUGGGUUGAAGGAGACAAUCCUGCGUCUAGUAUGGAUUCAAAUACUUUUGGCCCUGUCCCUCUAGGUUUAGUUGCCGGAAGGGUGACCCACAUUGUGUGGCCUCCUCAGAGAAUUGGUGCUGUUGAGAGAAAAGUUCCUGAGGAGAGAAUUUCUUCUCACUAGCGAGAUUUUCUAUAAGUCGAAAAUUUUUGCACAGGAAACAUAUUUUUGUCAUGAUUGUUCUUCUCUAAGAUUUUUGCCUCCGCUUGCAUUCUUUAUUUUGGAUUAUUUUUUCCAAUGAUAUAAGAUUGGUGUUA